GCUCAUGCGCGUCGGAUCACAGCUCGGCCCGGGCCCAGCUCACCCAACGGCUCGCACCAAACCCACCCCUCCCAGGCUCCCACCUCCUCCCGACGCCAACCGCCGCCCUCCACCGGAAUGCCGGGCUGACUGACGGCUGACGAGCCCGACCACGAGGAGGCGCCGCACGCCGCCGCUGCUCUUCUGCUCUGGGUGGGUGGACCCCGCGAGGCGGAGCGCGGAGCCAUGGCGAGCGACGUGCCCAUGAGCCCCGAGCUCGAGCAGGUGGACGGCGAGAUCCAGGACAUCUUCCGCGCCCUCCAGAAUGGGUUCCAGAAGAUGGACAAGAUCAAGGACUCCAACAGGCAGUCCAAGCAGCUGGAAGAUCUCACCGGGAAGAUGAGGGAGUGCAAGCGCUUAAUCAAAGAAUUUGAUCGCAUACUCAAAGAUGAGGAGAAAAAGAACCCUCCUGAUGUCAACAAGCAGCUAAAUGACAAGAAGCAGUUCAUGAUAAAAGAGUUGAAUUCCUAUGUCACCUUGAGGAAAACGUACCAAAGUAGCCUUGGUAAUAAGAGGAUUGAGUUAUUCGAUACUGGUAACGAUCAAGUGGCUGAGGACACACCAGCUCAAAUGGCAUCAGAAAUGUCAAAUCAAGAGCUCAUUAGCGCUGGAAGGAAACAAAUGGACCAAACUGACCAAGCUAUUGAGCGUUCAAAAAUGGUUGUAGCACAAACUGUUGAAGUUGGAGCUCAGACUGCUGCAAGUCUGGCACAGCAAACAGAACAAAUGAAGAGAAUCGGCAAUGAGCUUGACUCUGUUCACUUCUCCCUGAAGAAAGCUAGUCAAAUGGUGAAAGAGAUUGGUCGCCAGGUUGCAACUGACAAAUGCAUUAUGGCGUUCCUGUUUCUGAUUGUCUGUGGUGUUAUUGCAAUAAUUGUUGUUAAGAUUGUCAACCCGCACAACAAGAGCAUCAGAGACAUCCCGGGCCUGGCACCUCCUGCUAUGAACAGGAAGCUGCUCUCCAUCGACCCUUUGGGAGGACUUUGAGCGCUGCAGGGCAGGGGCAGCACGGUGCUCUUGUGACCCGCUCAUCCACAUAACACGAUGACACCAUUCUUUAUCGCUUGUAAAUUGUCUCGUUUCGGUGUUUACAUCGAUCCAUUCUUUCCCUAUUGGUGAGUAGUAGCUGUGUUCCUAGCGGCACUCGUGUUGUGUAUCGCUCGUGAUCCCCCCGGCUUUCUGGUUGUCUGUGCAUACACGGUAGUGAUGUGGGAUUGAAUGUGAGGUUUCAGGUUUUUCA